ACCUUACCAUGUGCUUGAGACUGUGUCCUCUCAUCUGGUAGUCUCCCUUCAGUGAAGCACAGUAUGCACGUGUAGCUCCUGGGCUUUGAAAUACUUGCUUUGUAAAUCAGCAGUGCUGAAAUUGGUUUGCAUAAGGAAGCACUCCUUUCUGUUGUAAAAUAAAUCAAUAGAAAUAAGACAUAAGUAAUAAGGAAAUAAUUUAUAAAAAUAAGCAAAAAACUUUUGAAGUAUUGAAACGCUAAUUUUGAGAUGAGUGUGAUGUUAUGGAGGGGGGAAGUUGAAGUCUCCUGAAUGACUCAUGUGCACCUGUACUGGGAGUCCUGAAUACAGUCAUGGGUUGGUUUUUAUUACAAAUAAGAGAGAUUAUGGAGGGUAGCAAGAAGAAAUUCAAAGCAGUGGUGUGACAUAAGUGAAAAAAUGUUUAUAAGACCCUGCUUGAUAAGUAUGAGAGAAAAGGAGCAACUCUAUAGAUAGGUAAUGAGACACACAGUGAGGGUUUGUGUAUGAAUAUACGGUGAAUGUUAAAGGAAGCAUAACUCCCACUAGCUUGCUGGGGAUCUAAUUUAAGUGCUGUAGCAAUUAUUUCUACUGAUAAUGUUUCUACCUUAUGGGAAAUGCAUAAGUAAAAUCUUUUCUUAUACCGAGUUUCUCUACACUGAGAUUUUACUAAUGUAACUAUGCAAGUAAAUUCUGAACUGACACCAAAACCAUCCAUGGAGGAUAGGAAAUACUGAUGUAAAAAUGCUAAUAUUAAAAAAAAAAAAAGGCAGACAAGAUGAGAAGGAAAUUUCAGAGUAGAGGUUCUUUUAAUGCCACAUUUCCUACUGUAGGAAGUAAAAUCAGCAAUUAUGUUGUUGAGACUGGUCCCAAAUAUGGGAACUGUCUGAUUUUUUCUCAUCUUAGUAGCUUUAGAAGACUAAAGCAUUUGAGGAGUUAACUAGAUUUUUAGUUGAAAAAGAAAGCGUUAGCAAAAUAGUUGGUUUGGAAUAUCUGGUUGAAAUCUACUAAUUAUAGUCAUCCUCCCCCAUCUCUUUUCAGUGAUGACAAAUUCAGUAUUUUUACAGUAUAAUUUCAUCCAACUUCCUCUUCUUUCUGUUUCAUUCUGAAUUUUUACUAACACCCUGUUAGGCCCAUCUUCUGUUCAGGCAGUGGAGCUUCUGGAACCUUCAAUUGGCUGAUUAUGUCUUUAUGGGAGACUGAAUGUAAUAAUUUUAUUAGACAUCUAACACAAUAGUUUUGGUCUGUGCAAAGGCCACAUUUAGUUCUCUUGACUAAAAAAUACAUACUUCUGUAAUUCAGACACAGAAAUAAAAUGCAAGUUCCGUGGAAAGCAGUUGACUAGUCCAAGUCAAGAUACCAUAACCUUAAGAAUGCAGUUGGUUUAUCAAAGAGCUGGCCCUUGUUCCUCAUGUUUGAAGAGACAAUUAAAUGGCUUCCUGGGAUUAAUUAAAUGGCAGAGAAAACUGGUUCCUGCUCGUGUGAGAACUAUUUACAGUGAGACGGGGAAAUGGGAAAAAAAAUAUGGGUUGGAGACAAGAAAACGAGUUGAAAAUUGGUGGUUCCCAAGAAUAAAGGAUCAGUUCUGCAGAAUUUCAGAAAUUGAUAAAUCAAGACCAAAAUUUUAUGUGCUUUCUAUGUUCCCAUAUCCUUCUGGGAAGCUUCACAUGGGCCACGUUCGUGUCUACACCAUCAGUGAUGCAGUAGCUCGGUUCCAGAAAAUGAGAGGGAUGCAGGUGAUAAAUCCAAUGGGAUGGGAUGCGUUUGGUUUACCAGCAGAAAAUGCUGCAGUUGAACAUGGCCUUCACCCUGCAAGCUGGACACAAAGUAAUAUUCAACACAUGAGGAGACAGUUUGAUGCACUAGGUCUGUCUUUUACAUGGGAAAGGGAGGUAACCACUUGCUUACCAGAGUACUACAAAUGGACACAAUAUCUCUUUCUUAAGCUUUUUGAAGCUGGAAUAGUGUAUCAAAAAGAGGCCUUGGUUAACUGGGAUCCAGUGGAUCAGACUGUUCUGGCUAAUGAACAGGUAGAUGACAAUGGGUGCUCGUGGCGCUCAGGGGCAAAAGUGGAGCAGAAAUACCUCAAACAGUGGUUUAUCAAGACAACUGCUUAUGCAAAGGCCAUGUUUGAUGCUUUAUCUGAUCUCCCUGAGUGGUAUGGUAUUAAAGAAAUGCAAGCAAAUUGGAUAGGUGACUGCGUUGGGUGCUCUCUUGACUUCUUGCUAAAGGUUAAUGGCAAAGUAACAGAAGAGAAGGUAGCAGCUUACACCUAUACACCUGAAGCCAUUUAUGGAGCUUCCCAUUUAUGUAUCUUACCAACUCACAGACUGCUGCAUGGGAAUAGCAGUUUCAAGGAAGUCUUUCAGAGGGAGUUAAUCCCAGGGAAAGACUCACUUACUUCAGUGACAGCUGUGAAUUUGCUUACCAAUCAGGAGAUUCCUGUAGUCAUCUCAGCAAAAACCAAUUUUGAUAAUUUUCUUGAUACUAAAAUAGGAAUUCCUAGUACUAGUGCAGAAGAUGCUGCAAUAGCUAAGAAUCUGGGUAUUUCUUUCACUGAAGUUAUUGAGACAUUUCCAAAUGGUUUGGAGAAGAUCAUUAAUUCUGCAGAGAUCACUGGCAUGACUCGGCAGGAGGCUUUAGAAGCUAUUACUCAGCAGGCCAAAAAGAAAAAAAUAGGUGGAGACCUAACGAGUGACAAAUUGAGAGACUGGUUAAUAUCUCGGCAGCGGUACUGGGGAACGCCCAUUCCAAUCAUUCACUGCCCGGCAUGUGGCACUGUUCCUGUGCCUUAUGAAGACUUACCUGUGGUAUUGCCCACUGUGACCACGUUCACAGGAAAGGGAGCCUCACCUUUGGAGAGUGCCCCAGAAUGGGUGAACUGUUCCUGUCCAAGGUGCAAGGCAGCAGCAUGGCGAGAAGUCGAUACCAUGGAUACAUUUGUUGAUUCUGCUUGGUACUACCUGAGGUACACGGACCCUCACAACACAGACAGGCCAUUUAAUAGUGACUUAGCAGACUACUGGAUGCCUGUGGAUUUGUACAUCGGAGGAAAGGAGCAUGCAGUUAUGCACUUAUUCUAUGCAAGAUUCUUCAGCCAUUUUUGCCAUGAUCUAAAGAUGACAAAACAUAAGGAGCCUUUCCAUAAGCUCUUGGUUCAAGGUCUUAUCAAGAAUCAAACAUUCAGACUAACAACAACAGGCCAGUGUUUGAAGAGAGAGGAGGUCGAUCUCACUGGAAGUGAACCAGUUCACCUAAAAACUGGUGAGAAGCUCCAGGUUGCUUGGGAAAAAAUGAGCAAAUCUAAGCACAAUGGAAUAGACCCUGAGGAAAUAGUGAAAGAGUAUGGCAUUGAUACCCUGCGUCUUUAUAUUCUGUUUGCUGCUCCUCCAGAACAAGACAUUUUGUGGGAUGCUAAAACUGAUGCCAUGCCUGGUGUUCAGAGAUGGCAGACACGGCUCUGGGCACUUGUAACCAAACUUAUUGAAGCAAGGACUUCAGGAACCAUGCCCAAUCCUGAGCUUCUGAAUAAGAAAGAGAAGGCUGAAGCCAGAAGGAUCUGGGAGCAGAAGAAUCUGGUGAUUUCUGAGGUAACCGAGUACUUCACAAAGGAUCAUUUGUUCAAUGCAGCUAUUUCCCGAUUGAUGAGCCUCACAAAUGUACUCCAUCAAGCUCCUCGGUCUCUUGUUCUCCACAGCACAGAAUUUGAAGAUGCUUUGGCUUCACUCUGCAUUAUGGUUGCACCUAUGGCUCCCCACAUUGCAUCAGAGAUGUGGAAAGGUUUGGCACAUAUUCAGAAUAAACUUUGUACUCAUCAUCGCUGGGAUGUUGAUGUUCUGCAUCAGUCCUGGCCCAAGGUAGACCCAGAUUACCUUCAGCCAUCAGAUGUUGUGGAGAUGUCUGUACUGAUCAAUAACAAAGCUUGCGGCAAAGUUUUCGUGCCUCAGCAAGCAGCCCGCAAUUUUGAAGAAGUCCACGAGCUCAUUCUUCAAAGUGAACUUGGAGUCAAGCAUCUCCAGGGACGAGCCAUUAAAAAGGCCUUUCUUUCUCCAAGAACUGCCCUUAUCAAUUUCUUAGUGCAAGAAUAGUAAAGGCUCUGCUGGGCUGUAAAAGGGAACUGGAAUCUUUUGAGGUGGAAACCAAUGAAAAAACAGCAGUUAUGGUUAUUUCACUUCAUGUAAAGGUGGGAAAGAAAUCUUAUUGAAAUCAGGUUCUUGCUAAAUCUUCCUUUCAAUGUGGAGAAAUGUACAGAAUUAAAGUUUCUUGUGGAGUCACGCUCAAAAUGCUGCCUGUCCAUGUUCUUUGAGAGGAAGAGAAGGAAGCUCAGAAGAACUAAACAGUUGUAACAGAAUGUAACUGAAGAAAGCACAUGGGCCUUGGUGUUAGCCUAGGGAAUAUAUCCUGUUGGAAAGUUGGCUUGGCUAAUUGCAGAUGCAUAAAUACGAUUCCAGGGCUAAA